CCAUAUAUGUAUGUGACAUCAAUUUGACAACUGUCUGUUAUAUAAACAGCUGUAAAAAAACUAGAUUGGUGCAAUUUCAAAGAAAUUUAACCUUGCGAUUACGGCAAAAUGGCAGCGAUAAUAAGACGUCUAGGUUGCAGGACAAUUGCCAAUUUCGCUGCUAACCGUGUUGCUUCACCUGUAACAGCCAAUGUAAUCCGCUUUUCAAGCACCACUCCUGCAUCAGCAGCGGAGCAAAAACCAACCUUCCGUAAGCCUGAUGAAGCCGUCAGACUUAAUUUAAGCAACUUUGGACGCUAUGUUGCAGAAUGCCUUCCCAAAUAUGUCCAAAAAGUGCAAUUGACUGCUGGUGAUGAACUUGAAAUUUUGAUUGCACCUGAGGGCGUAGUUCCUGUACUACAGUUUCUUAAAGACAACCAUUUGGCUCAAUUUAGUAAUUUGGUCGAUAUUGCCGGUAUGGAUGUUCCAAGCAGGCAGUUCCGUUUCGAAGUAAUAUACAAUCUCUUGUCUUUACGCUAUAAUUCGCGAGUACGAGUCAAAACCUACACCGAUGAGCUGACACCAUUGGAUUCAUGCAAUGAAGUGUUUAAGGCAGCCAAUUGGUAUGAACGAGAGAUUUGGGACAUGUAUGGUGUGUUCUUCGCAAAUCACCCUGACUUGCGACGCAUUUUAACUGAUUAUGGCUUUGAAGGACAUCCGCAACGUCGCGACUUUCCUUUGUCCGGCUAUGUUGAGCUACGUUAUGACGAUGAGAAAAAACGCGUUGUAUGCGAACCACUAGAAUUGGCACAGGAGUUCCGUAAGUUUGAUUUAUCAGCACCCUGGGAACAGUUUCCUAACUUCCGUAAUGCCAAUCCACCGGCAGAGGCCGUCGAAACCAAACAGGAAGCAAUCAAGAAAUAAAUCAUUAGAUAAUAGCUAAAGUGUAGAUUAUGAGUUGUUACGAACUACACAAUAGAAUCAAAUAUGAAGAUGUUAUUGAAAUGAAAACGAUGCUUUAACAAUGUAGAAUUUGUAUUAUUUAAUGGGUAUGUGUACAAAAAGCGCUGCAAUGUAAAAAUUCAAUCGUAAUAAAAUUUCGAAUCGAAUUAUGUAA